AACUAAAGCAACGGUUUUUUUUUCUUUGUCAAAUUGACAAUUGACUUUCGGCUUUUGUUGAUUUUAUUGUUUGUGUACUUUAUUUGCGGGGUCAUGUCUGUUUUGGUCCGGAAAUAUUUAAAUAAAUUAAUUCAUUGAAAUUAAUUGAAUAAGUGCAUUGAAUUGUGGCCCCUCCGUUAAAAUCAAUUAUUCAAUUUAAAAGAUAACGAUAUCCGAUCACAAAUGAACAAUUAUACUCAAUGUGUUACCAGCAAACCAUGAAGAAUUUAUAAUCGAUUUUUGGAUUUUUUUUUUCGAGGAAGAAAUGUAACCAAAGAAUAAUGUUUGUUGUCGAGUUUUAUGCGGGCUUUAUUUGCCUUUGUUUCCUAUUUGCUGAGGCUUUGUGUAAAGUUGGUCUGAAAUGUAAUUCCACUUCGACCGCAAUAGACCCAAUCUGCGAAAGCACCGAAUCAUGUGAUGAAUCCACCAACAUUUGCCAAUGCUUGCCUGCCUUUGAAAACGUCAAGGACCAAUGCGUCUUGCCGCAAACCACACCGAACUAUUCCAGUUUGGUUGACAACCAGGGCAAUGGAUCUCUCGUGGCCGGAAUUUUAAUUCCGCUAUUUUUAAUUGCCUUUGUGAUAUGUAGUAUUUAUGUAGGUAAAAGGUUCGAGCUGGUGAAAUGGUUGAGGGAAAAGUUUAGCCAAAGAAAUAGGAAUUACGAUGAGUUUAUGAUUGGACAGGACGAUGACGAUGAUCCUCCUUUAGUUUAAGCUUGUUUGGAGGUUUUGGUUGAGUAAUGGGAAUUUGCUAAUUUUUAUUCAAAAAUGCUUUUGCUAAUUAUAAUACAUAUUAUAUUUACUCAUAUGCUUCUCUGCAAAAACAUAAAUAAAUCAAUUAGGAGGCAAAUAGGACUUGCACUCCCAAUAUAGAUUUUCAAUCCCACUGAAUUAUUUUUACUACGAAUAUGUAAUAAUUACAAAUUAUUUAAACUACAAAUCUUUAUCUAGGAACAGUUGGGACAUAUUUUCCAAUCCUGGAAUUUUGGACCUUGGGAUUGCAAACCCUUAUGCCAGUGGAAUCAUUUUGAAAUCAGUCGGUUAGGCUUAAAAAAUAUGAUUACUGAAAUAGAAAUGGUGAUACAUAUUUGAAAAAAUUCUGAUUCCCCAAAUUGCAGGAUCUAGGUAGGGCAUGACCUAUCUACAUCAAAUUUUUCGCUUCAAUUUAUUUAUACAGGUUUUAUUUUGUUCCUUUGUCCAUAGUCUUGAGAAAAUUCCUAUUAUUUAAACCAAAACAUUCUUUCUGUUUCAUUUUACUUUAUGGUAAAUAGGUAAUCUAGUUUUAUUAUUACUCAUUAUGUUUUUUUUUUUAAGAAUGGGAUUUACUAUAUUUAUAACAAUUUACAGUAAGGGUAUGUUCUAUUACAGGUUUAUAUAGUUUGAUAAUUGCCAUUUUUGUGUAAAUAUUUUUCAAUUAUCUAAUUAAUAUUUAUUAAAUUUAAAUUGAAGCUCAUUUAAGACUUAUUAUCUUAUAAAAGACUUAUUGUUUCUGCGUUAAAUGUUACCAAAGGUAAAAUAUAAGUAUUACUGUAAAGCAUAGCAGGUUGUUUUAUCUAACAUCUUCAUUAGAUUUUUUUAAAGAGGUAAUCAAGAAAUACCAUUUGAAACGAAUAUCAGAACUACAGUCAGCAGCAAUUUCUUGGUAUUUUUAGAAUUGAAUCCCGCCAAUGAAAUGAAACGUAAAGGGCAUGAAUUAAAAAAAAGUACGCCAUUUUACCUUGCCUCACAUUUCGCAAAAUGCAAGACCAAACUUAUCUUUUAUUUCUACAUUUUAAACAAAUUAAAUUAUGAAGACAAAUUUUAAAAAUAAGCCCAUCAUUAAACACAACUUAACUCUAAAAUGGUUUAUGACAUUACUAUAAGCAAUUCUAUUAGUAAGGGAAUGUACUUGAGAUUCUUUCUUGCAAUUAAGUUUCUCUCAAAUAUCUUCAAAAUAUGAACUAAGUUAAUAAUAAUGUCAUUAAGAAAAUAAACAAUAUAAAAAAAAAAUACAAAAAUUUUCUUCAUGGUUAUUGAAAAACAGCCAUGGGUUAAUAAUACAAUUAAACUAAAAUAAAUUAUUCUUUAGCAUCCCCAAUACCAUCGGGAUUUAUGGCAAACAUUGCUUCAGCUUCUGGGAGACAUGGGGAAUCGUAGAUUUUGCACAUUCUUGUUUCUCCACGACCUAAAAAUACUCAAACGUGUAGUUGAAGCAUGGGCCAUAAUAUUUCCUCCAAUUGGUUUCUUUGGGUCCGGAUUAAACAUUCCACCUGCACCGUCAACUUGAGCGACUACCUGAUUUGUGAUGACUACAG